UCCAUGGAGUGGACUUACCUUGUACCCAUUCAUUUACUAGAGUUGAAGUUGAUGAGUUCACCAAGCCUCAGCGAACUGGGCAAGAGUGAGAAGGCAGCCUUGGAGGAAAGAGGCACCCAGCAAUGCAAGGCAGGGACUAAUGCCAUCUGGAAUAGCAUCCACAAUGCAGUAAUUGCUAUAUUUCAGAAGAAGGACCUUGGAGACAAUGAGCUGUAUACCUUAAAUGAAGGGGUCAGGCUACUUCUGAAAACAGAGUUAGGCUCCUUCUUCACUGAGUACUUGCAGAACCAGCUCUUAACCAAAGGAAUGGUCAUACUGCGGGACAAAAUUCAUUUCUAUGAAGGUCAGAAAUUACUGGACUCUUUGGCUGAGACCUGGGACUUUUUCUUUUGUGAUGUGCUCUCCAUGCUGCAAGCCAUAUUCUACCCUGUCCAGGGGAAGGAACCCACUGUGAGGCAGCUGGCUCUGCUGCACUUCAGAAACAUAAUUACUCUGAAUGUAAAGCUGGAGGAUGCCCUGUCGCGGCCCCGUGCUCGAGUGCCUCCGUCUGUCAUACAAAUGCUACUUAUACUGCAGGGGGUACAUGAGUCUAGAGGAGUGAGUGAUGAUUACUUGAAGCUGGAAUCUCUGAUCCAAAUGGUGGUGUCUCCUUAUCUGGGCACUCACGGCCUAUAUGCUGAUGAUGGCUCCGUAGCCCAGUGCACCUGUGUGUUGGAAAAGCGACUGCUGUGGCACUGGCCUCAGUUCGGAGACAGUCCCUCUAAGAAUCCUGUGGUGCGCUCCAAGAGCUACAACAUGCACAUGCUAACACCUGUGGCUGAGUAUGAGUCUGAGACAGGGUCAGUGGGCAGCACGGGCAUCCGACGUCACUCAGUGUGCCAGAUGAAUUUGUGUCAGGAGGAGCCUGCAUUCUCCACUACUUCCAGCCCUGAGACAGACACUACUUCCCAACUUUCAGCCUCACAUCACUCAGGAGAGCAAGACUCUGCCCUGUCCAGCUGCAGAGAGCAGAUUGACGAUACAUUCCCAAUUCCAUCUCCUUCUAUGUAUCCCUUGAUUUUCCCUGAAUGUUGCUCAGAAAUAUUUGAGAAUUCAUCCCAAAAACCUGACUCCCAUCUAUCACAAGAAGAGGCCUUGCUUCCCAGUGGCUCCUCCAGCCCAGAAACAGUUGUAGAUCAGGUCUUGGAAUCUCUGGACUCCGAUGCAGAAGGAAUCUUUAUAGACUUCACUCGUCACACCUCGCACGCCUCUAAUCUAAGCCUUGAGAGUGAGAGUGAGGUUUAGCAAUACAACUGUGCCACAUUACACAUCUGUUUUAUGUCUGAAAUAUUUGUUUUACUUUUACAUUGAAAGUUAGAAGAGUAAACAAAACAUGAUACUUAACUGACCUGUUAAUGUAUGCCAUUUUUCAUAUAAUCAUACACAUACGAAAGGUCAAAAGGAUGUGGACCUUUUGUAAUGAUUGAGCUCAGAUUUUUUUAGCCACUUCAA